AUGGAGAAUUGUACUAGAAACACCGAAUAUCAAUCAGUUUUUCAGAGACAAACGACGCUAGUCAGAAGAAGAGGCCGCGGUCGAUUACCAAAAAGUCGACCAGUUGAAGAACCGACAAAGUUUCAACCUGGAACGUUGCAAUUCAUCAACUCUGCUCAUCCAGACGAGAUCACCAAUGCAAAGAGUAUCAGACUAAUAAGAUCACACGCAGCAAAACUUUCCCGUGCUCUACAGAAGGAAAAAAAGCAAGAUGAAGCUCCGCUCGAGGGUGAAAACCCUCAAGCUGAGACAGAGUUGAGAUCACUUGUUCACCCAGCAAGCGAUACACGAUACCGAAAGAUCAUGCCUAAAGCAAAAGUGCAUAGACAGAUCGAAAAUCGACCGCCAAGUCCACUCCAGUUGCUCGGUGGUGCUCGCAGUGACGCAUACACAGGAUUUGCAAGACCACUGUCACAUGAUGAGCACUAUCUCUUUGAUUUCUAUCUCAACUACGUUAUUUCUUACGGAUAUACAGCAUGCUAUGCCCAAGACGAUGAGCAAAACUUUAGUUACCUGAUGAGGCAUAUCUGGGUGCCCAAUGCAAUGUCUAAACUCAGUCUUAUGGCUGCCGUCUUUCAAGUGGCGUGCCGGAACUAUGUCGCCGCCACAAAUAACAGCCUAUCGAGCAAAUUUGCGGUCAAAAAACUUCAAUAUCGACUAAUGUGCAUCCAAAUGGCUAAAGACGCCAUCGAGUCGGAGGUUGUCGCUACAGAUACAACCAUCGCACUGGCCAUGCUGAUGGCCUCUGAAGCAUUCCUUGAAGGAGAUAUGAGUGCGUACUGGAGCCAUGGUGCUGGCGUUAUGAAAAUGGUGCGUGCACGAGGAGGCGUCGAUAUGCUGGGAAUGUCGGGAUUCUUGACUAGGACUGUCUCGGAAUCUAUUUACCUCACGUAG